AUGACAUCAUCACAAGCAUUUAUUUUAUGUGAUCAAUUAACUGGUUUAAGUGCUAUUGAUUUCAGGUAUUUCAAUUCUUUUUAUUUAAAAAUAUAAAAAUAUUUUUUCUUUUUGUACUAUGGGUGAUCCAAAAGUUCCCGGAACUCGCUAUAGUCUAUUCAGAGGAACGACAUUCCAUCCAUCUGUCUACUGCAUAUAUUCGAGGUAGUUGUUGUGAUAUUCCACAGAAAGUUUCAUCCUCGUAAUCCACUCUUUAGAUAUCCUUUCGAAGUAAACAAUAGUUAUAAAAUUUAGCUCCUUGGUUAUAGCCCCUGCUGAACUUAUGUAACUGCUGUUUAUGUAGUCUAUGCUGAAUACAUCUCAACAACUACGAGUCUGGAAGCCUAGUCUAGGAUGAAUACGCCUGACGACGUUUAACCUGGCUUCGUAGUAGGACUAUAUUUCCUAUAUUUCCUAUAUUUUUUAAAUUUCUCCUAUAAUGGACUAUAUUUCAAGCUUUUUUCCUAUAUUCCUAUAUUUUUCGAAAAACUGAAGAUACU